GACCACGAUGGAGGCGAACGCGCUGUUUGAUCUUGAGGAGCGAUGCCGUUUGGCGGAGCGUACCAUCAAGGAGCUGGAGAAGGAGAUUACGGAUGUCACGACCGGACGCGUCGAUGAGAAUGCCGCUAACCCAGCUCUGCAAAACGCCAUUGCGCAAAACCGAAAGCUCAAGUAUCAGCUCGAGCAGCUCACCCGCGCUAUGGAGGCGGCUUCUGCGCCCAAGGCGGCCAAAUUUGCUCUCAAGGACUCGCCCAACCACAGCUUGGACCUGAUGAGCGUCAUCGUCGAGCUCGUGACCGCGGGCAUUCGUGCCGCCUUCCCCCAACUUGGUGAAGAACCCGUGGAUGCACUUGUCAGCGUCCCCUCGGGCAAGGUGUCCACGGAUGCCAUGUACCAGAGCAACGCUGCCAUGCGCCUGGCGGCUCAGCUCAAGGCCAAGGGCACCAAGAUGCCGCCACGUGAGGUGGCAGCGGCCUUUACUGCUGCCAUCCCCAAGAACGACAUCAUCUCCGGCUACGAAAUUGCUGGCCCGGGCUUUGUGAACAUUGACAUCAACACCUCCUUCCUUGAGGGUGUUACCACCAAGCUGCUGAACAAGGGCGUGCUGCCGCCCGAGCACACCAAGCAACCGGUGAUUGUUGACUUUUCCUCGCCCAACAUUGCCAAGGAGAUGCACGUUGGUCAUUUGCGUUCGACCAUCAUCGGUGAGAGCAUUGCCCGCAUGUUGGAGUACAUUGGUCACGACGUGCAGCGCGUCAACCACGUCGGUGAUUGGGGCACGCCUUUUGGCAUGCUUAUUUGCCACCUGCGUGACAAGUUUCCCAACUUCCAGUCCGAGCCUCCGUCGAUUUCUGAUCUCCAGGGCUUUUACAAGGCGGCUAAGAAGCGCUUUGAUGAGGAGCCUGAGUUCAAGCCCCGCGUUUAUGAGGCCGUUGUCAAGCUCCAAGCUCACGAUCCGGAAACCAUUCUGGCCUGGAACCUCGUCUGCGACGUGUCUCGCCGCGAGUUUCAGCGCAUCUAUGACCGCCUGGACAUUGAUGUCAAGGAGAAGGGUGAGUCCUUCUAUCAAGACAUGAUGGUUGAGGUUGUCAAGCAGUUGGAGAGCGCUGGCAAGCUUGAGGAGGAUGACACGGCCCCCGGUCGCAAGAUUGCUUGGAGUUCCGUUAAGAAGGAGACCAAGGUCCCUCUCAUUGUGGUCAAGUCAGACGGCGCCCGGUGCGGUAUGACAGGUUACACGUAUGACACCUCGGACCUGGCUGCCCUUCGCUACCGUGCUAGCCAGGCUACCUGGCUGGUGUAUGUGGUCGACAACGGUCAAUCGACCCACUUUCAGAACGUCUUUGCGUUGGGUCGCGACAUGGAGUGGGUGUCACCCAAGCACCGCGUGGAUCACGUUGGCUUUGGCGUGGUGCUCGGCGAAGAUGGCAAGCGCUUCAAGACUCGUUCUGGUGAUACGGUGCGCCUCAAGGACCUGCUGGACGAGGGCGUGGAGCGUGCGGGCGCAGCGGCUCGCACGACGGAGAUGACUCCCGAGCAGCGAGCGCGCAUGGUUGAGGCCAUUGCAUAUGGUUGCAUCAAGUAUGCCGACUUGAGCCACAACCGCACCAACGACUACGUGUUUUCGUACGACAAGAUGCUGCAGGACAAGGGCAACACGGCCGUGUACUUGCUGUAUGCCAAUACUCGCGUGCACUCGAUCUUGCGCAACCCAGAGAUUGCCAAGCAGAACAUUGACAUUGAUGCGUUGGCUCCUUCGCACACGGUGACUCUGACGCACCCCAAGGAGAUCAAGAUUGCCAAGUAUCUGGCUCGUUUCCCUGAAGUGCUGAACCGCACGAUCGACACACUGAUGCCACAUCGUCUGUGCGACUACAUCUACGAGUUGACCAACGUCUUUACCGAGUUUUACCAGGAGUGCUAUGCUGUGCAAAAGCAGUCCGAUGGCAGCGUCAAGGUGGAUGUCAACCGUUUGAUGCUGUACAAGUCGGUGGGCAUGGUGCUCGAGCAGGCCUUCCAUCUCCUCGGCAUUCGCGCCAUCGAAGCCAUCCCCAUUGGUGGUGGCAGCUCUGCUGAUGCAUGCAAGCUUGUGACCUGCUUGUGCGUUGAUGCCCAACAACAACUGGUGGUGGCCGCGACUGCGGUGGGCGAGCUGUGGCUCGUGCAAUGGGACUCGGCUUCUGGGUGGGCCUCGCCGCUGCGGCUCUCGACCCCCGACCAGCAUGUGCUCCGACGAAGCCCGCUGCGCAUGACAAACGGCAGUGUCAGUAGCAACCGAAGCAACAGCAGCAAUGGCAGUGGACCGUCUGUGGCGGGUUUGCGCACAGUGCAUGCCAUCACAACGGCCAGCCGUGUCAACGGUGCUGAUCUUGUCGUUCUGUUUAGUCUAAACUACGGCCUCGUACACGCCGUGACAGUGAGCUUUGAAGCCCCGCCCAGCCAUCGCUUAGAAAGCAUGCCGUACGGAGGCAAUGGCUCUGGAUCUUGGAGCAUGCCAUCCGGCAGCUCUGGCCGUCCUCGCGUUGUCUCCGAGUACGUUGUCGCCACGGUUUCACCGGAUGUAGAUACGAGCGUGGCACCGCCGCUGCGCCACCUCCACGCCGACCAGGGGCUGCUUUAUUUUGCGGCGCGCGAACGCGUUUUCACUUGCGAACUGGCAACGCGCAAGAUCCGGCACAUGUUUCGACCAUUCGCUUCAUCGGAGUCGAGUGUUGACACUGCGGACACCUUGCCCGGGGGGACGGCAGGCUUGGGCAGUACAGCGCCAUGCUUGGGCAUCCAAGCUCAUGGUAAUCGGCUCUUGCUACUGUAUCCCGAGGAUGUCUAUAUCAUCAACCGGCGUACUCUUCCAGCACAGGCCUUUGACGUGGUUCGCAGCGUGGCCUUGAGCCACCCGCAUCGCUUCGCUUGCCUGCUCGGACCGCUGCUGCUCGUGGUCAGCGGUGCCAGCGACGACGAGGUCCGUUCCUUGCAUGAGGCUCAACCCGACGCGAUCGAUCAAGAUCCCCCCGUCAUGCUGCGCAUCUACUCGGAUCUUGGGUACUUUGCGAGCAAAAGGCGUUGCGCAUAG